UUAGCAGCUAGCCCAUCUAUGGUAGUCCUGAACAUUUCUAAUUAUGAAUGGACAGAACCAACUGAAAUAAAUCCUAUUGGACCACUUACUGGACAUACAUCAAUCAUGUUCAAAAAUUAUAUGAUUACAGCAUUUGACGUUCUUAAACAAUCCAGUAAAAGCAUUUAUAAAUUGGAUACAUCAGAUCCAUUAACUUAUAAAUGGAUAUUAUUAUCUUCAUUCACUUCACAGACAUAUAAGACUAAUCUUCCAACAAUUAAUGUUCCAUCAUUUAAAAGCUCUUUUGCCUCUGAUUCUUCACCAAGUAAUGAUUCUUCACCAAGGAAUGGUGCAAUUAUUGGAAUUGGUGUUACCGUUGGUGUAGUAGCAAUUCUGUCUUUUGCCGGAUUUUUGUAUUAUAGGAGUUCCAAAAACAAUCCGCACGGAAUUUCUAUACCAACACCUGGCACUAUGCAUGAUGAAAAUAAUCAGGAAAAUUACAUUGAAACACCCG